GCUCAGUGAGUGAUUGGUGGAACUUCAAUGUGUUUAAAAAAAUGGCGUGUUAUUUAUUGUAGAUUUUAGAAUAAAUAUUCCCUUUGCUUUCUCUACUUACAUGUGUGCACAUUUAUAAGUGGAUGUUAUAAUUCCAAAAUAAAUCACACGCGAGUUAAGCCAUACGAACAGUAAACAUGGCGAGAAAAACACCUACAGAGGAAGAUAAAGAAAAGAAGAAGGAGCGGGGUAGGGAUAAGAAGAAGAAAUCCGAGUCUGGUUCAAGCAGUAGCGAUAGUAGCCGAAGUUCAUCAGAAUCGAGCUCCUCAAGCGGUUCGAAAUCUUCAAGCAGUUCCAGUUCGGGAAGUAGUUCUCGUUCCAGCAGUUCGUCAUCUGAUAGCUCAUCGUCGAGUAGCGACAAUCGUACCCGUCCCAAACGAAGAGCAUCGAGGUCGGCAAGCAAGCCUGUGGUGAGGAAAAGCCGGGAAAAGGAGCGUGACAAGAAAGAUAAGGAGAAGGAGAAAGAGCGUGAUAAGGAGAAGGAGGUCGUCAAAGAGAAAGAUAAGGAUCAAGCGAAUCGCAAAGCUUCACCUCCCAGAGAUGAUAAGCCGCCCGUUUCAAAACCUCGUUCUAGGUCCAGGUCACGUUCGUCCCGUCGGAAGAGAAGGCGCCGUUCGCCUACCCCUCGACCGACCAAGAUUCACAUCGGCCGUCUGACGAGAACUGUAAACAAGGAGCACAUAGUCGAGAUUUUUAGUACUUACGGUACUAUUAAGCAUGUCGAGUUUCCCAAAGAUCAUGUCCAUCCGCAUAUCGGUAGAGGAUACGCUUACGUCGAAUUUACCACCGCUGACGAGGCCGAAAACGCCAUGAAGCAUAUGGACGGCGGACAAAUUGAUGGUCAGGAAAUAACGGCCGCACCCGUGCUGAUUCCGAAACCCAGACCGUUACCGAUGCGUCGCAGUCCCAUGCCGAUGCGUAGACCGCCCAUGCGGCGCACGCCGGCGAGAUUUCGUAGGCGUUCGCCGUUGAGGCCGCCCAGACGAAGUCCGAUUCGGCGGCGACCGCGUACGCGCAGUCCGCCUCCGAGGCAUCGCAAGCGUAGCCGUUCGAGUUCUAGUAGUUCGCGUUGAUUGGUCUUAUUUUGACAAUCAUUUUCAUUCAAUUGCAAAAUGUAUAUGUGCAUGGUGGUGUCUUUAUAUUUUUAAUUUUCAAAAUGGUAAACAAAUAUAACAAGUACUAGAUA